AUGACAGGAGGCAGUAACGCUGUGUCUUAUAAAUCACGGCUUUUCAACGCAAGUCUGAGCAAGUUGGACGACAGGAAGCAAUGCACAUCGCCCGACUCGCGACUUGAACGAAGUGAUACUGGGAAAACCCUGAAGCCUGCGAAUGCUGUGCGAAGUUGGAGAAGCAUAGCACUGCAGGGUUCCAUGGCGGGAAUUCCCAGCGCGGUAUCAUUAAUAGAACAUGUGUACCAGUCAAGGUUUGUACUAGGACUGUUCCAGAUCGUGAUAUGGCCACAGACAUAUGAUCAACGACAUAUCGCAACUGGUAGUCAUAGCAGACCUUCGACUGGCAUGUCCAGCUCGGGUGAACUGCCUCAGUUGUCAAUGGGCUCGGACAAUUGUCCUAUGUUGACCAGCGUCAAACCCAAUCUAGGGCGGAUGCCGAUUGUUUGCGGUGCAGUCAAGGAAGCGGAACGAAGGCGAGUCCACCUCAACAUACAAAGACAUUCCUGGACACGGCAGAGUCCAGGUUUUGAAACCACUAGUGGGUACGGCGUCUGCCGAAGAGAUGUAGACGCUCACUUGAACGAGUUUCUUGAGGCUUUUCGUUUCUUCUUUCUCAGGUUUGGAGCUUUAAAAGAAUGUGAUACACGUCUCUCCAUUUUCUGUGUCGAUAGCAUCGUCAGAAUAGGUAUCGCAACUACUCGUUCGUUCAAGUACCAAGGCGCUUAA